GGUGCGGGGUCGGGCCGGACUGAGCGGAGCGCGGGGCAGCCGCCGCCGCCACCGGCAUGGCCCAGCCGCGCCGCCGCCCCCGACGUAUCAGCAGUCACCUCCGGGCUGGGCCGCUGGCAGGCAGGCAGCAGCAGGCAGCUGGGAGGCUGUGAGGAGCUGGUGCCACAUCCCCCUGCGUCCGUGCUCCCGACUCACCCAGCAGAAGGGGUGGCUGGGCUGCGCACUCCUGACUCCUGUCUCUUCUGCUCCAUCUCUUCCUGGUUGGCAAAUCAGAGGCUUGGUGUGAUGGGGCUGCUCUGAGACCUCGCCCCAGGAGCUUCAGGCCUGGAUGUUGGUGCUGUUUCUCCCAGACAAUGUGGCUGAUACUCUGGAGAAGCCCUCUCUUCCCCCCUGUUCUCCAAGUGCCUGAGCUGGUGGCCAGCUGGGACCUGCGUCUCACCCUCUGGGUGCUGAGCUUUGCCUCGAUGGUUGUGCACAUGGAGGGCCAGGUCUACUCGCCCACUGUCAACACGCACUAUGGGAAGUUACGAGGGGUGCGCGUGCCAUUGCCCAGUGAGAUCCUGGGGCCCGUGGACCAGUACCUGGGGGUUCCUUAUGCCGCUCCCCCCGUCGGGGAGAAGAGAUUCAUGCCCCCCGAGCCACCACCAUCCUGGUCAGGCAUCAGGAACGCUACCCACUUCUCACCAGUCUGCCCCCAGAACAUCCACAACGCUGUUCCCGAGAUCAUGCUGCCCAUCUGGUUUACCUCCAAUUUGGAUAUCGUGGCCACGUACAUCCAGGACCCCAACGAGGACUGUCUGUACCUCAACAUCUACAUCCCCACGGAGGAUGUAAAACGGAUUUCCAAGGAAUGCACCCGAAAGCCCAACAAGAAAAUAUGUAGGAAAGGAGGAGCCAGCGCUAAGAAACAGGGCGAGGACUUAGCGGAUAAUGACGGUGAUGAAGACGAAGACAUCCGGGACAGCGGGGCCAAGCCGGUGAUGGUGUAUAUCCACGGUGGCUCCUACAUGGAGGGCACGGGGAACAUGAUAGACGGCAGCAUCCUGGCCAGCUAUGGGAACGUGAUUGUCAUCACCCUGAACUACCGCGUUGGAGUGCUCGGGUUCCUGAGCACGGGGGACCAGGCUGCCAAGGGCAAUUACGGGCUGCUGGACCAGAUCCAGGCGCUGCGCUGGGUCAGCGAGAACAUCGCCUUCUUUGGGGGGGAUCCCCUGCGGAUCACUGUCUUCGGCUCCGGCAUCGGCGCCUCCUGUGUCAGCCUGCUCACCCUCUCCCACCACUCUGAAGGUCUCUUCCAGAGAGCCAUCAUCCAGAGCGGCUCGGCGCUGUCCAGCUGGGCAGUGAACUACCAGCCUGUGAAGUACACCAGCAUGCUGGCUGACAAGGUGGGCUGCAACGUGCUGGACACCGUGGACAUGGUGGACUGCCUGAGGCAGAAGAGUGCCAAGGAGCUGGUAGAGCAGGACAUCCAGCCAGCUCGCUACCAUGUGGCCUUUGGGCCAGUCAUUGACGGGGAUGUGAUCCCGGAUGACCCAGAGAUCCUGAUGGAGCAGGGCGAGUUCCUCAACUACGACAUCAUGCUGGGGGUCAACCAGGGUGAAGGGCUGAAGUUUGUGGAGGGUGUGGUGGACCCUGAGGACGGCGUCUCAGGCAGUGACUUUGACUACUCAGUUUCCAACUUUGUAGACAACCUGUACGGCUACCCUGAGGGCAAGGACACCUUGAGGGAGACCAUCAAGUUCAUGUACACGGACUGGGCCGACCGGGACAACCCCGAGACACGCCGCAAGACGCUGGUGGCCCUCUUCACUGACCACCAGUGGGUAGAGCCGUCGGUGGUGACAGCUGACCUGCACGCCCGCUACGGCUCCCCCACCUACUUCUAUGCCUUCUACCACCACUGCCAGAGCCUGAUGAAGCCUGCAUGGUCCGAUGCAGCCCACGGGGAUGAGGUGCCUUAUGUGUUUGGGAUCCCCAUGAUUGGCCCCACAGACCUCUUUCCCUGCAACUUCUCCAAGAACGAUGUCAUGCUCAGCGCUGUGGUGAUGACCUACUGGACCAAUUUUGCCAAGACAGGGGACCCCAACAAGCCUGUUCCCCAGGACACCAAGUUCAUCCACACCAAGGCCAACCGGUUUGAGGAGGUGGCCUGGUCCAAGUACAACCCCCGUGACCAGCUGUACCUGCACAUCGGGCUGAAGCCACGGGUACGCGACCACUACCGGGCCACAAAGGUGGCUUUCUGGAAGCACCUGGUUCCCCACCUGUACAACCUGCACGAUAUGUUCCACUACACCUCCACCACCACCAAAGUGCCACCACCCGACACCACGCAGAACUCCCACAUCACCCGCCGGCCCAACAGCAAGAUCUGGACCACCAAGCGCCCCGCCAUCUCGCCCGCCUACAACAGCGAGAACGGGAAGGAGAAGUGGAGCCCAGAGCAAGAGGCGGGCACGCUGCUCGAGAGCCCUCGCGACUACUCCACUGAACUGAGCGUCACCAUCGCCGUGGGCGCCUCCCUCCUCUUCCUCAACGUGCUGGCCUUCGCCGCCCUCUACUACCGCAAGGACAAGCGCCGGCAGGACACGCACCGGCAGCCCAGCCCCCAGCGCGGCGCCUCCAAUGACAUCGCCCACGCGCCUGAUGAGGAGAUGCCCUCCUUGCAGGUGAGCCAGGGGCACCACGAGUGCGAAGCUGUGCCAUCCCACGACACCCUGCGCCUGGCCGCUCUGCCCGACUACACCCUCACCUUGCGCCGCUCUCCGGACGACAUCCCGCUUAUGACCCCCAACACCAUCACCAUGAUCCCCAACUCGCUGGUGGGGCUGCAGACCCUGCACCCCUACAACACCUUCACCGCCGGUUUCAACAGCACGGGGCUUCCGCACUCACACUCCACCACCAGGGUAUAGCCGCCCGCCGCCGGCGCACACGCAUGCACGCACGCACACACACGCAGCAGACACUGGCAGAGGGACCGGCGGGGCCCGCGGAGCCCCCGGACGGAGGGGCAGCGCCCACGGACGGUGCAGCUCCCAGCUCAGAGACCUGAGGGGUCCCAGAGCGGCCCCAGCGCUUUCUUUUGUUCCUAUCUAACUUUUGAGAAGUGCUUUGACUCUCCUGGCCUCAGGGCCCCGUGGGUUGCCCCGGGACGCCGGUGGGGUGCAGGAGGGACACGGUGUAACCCUGCACAGCCCACCCGUGCAGGUGGGCAGGGACUCCCCACUGUCAAUGGCCACGGGGCUCCCAGUGCCAUGGCUGUGCCUCCUAGUGGGGCGAUCACACCCCCAGUGCUGAGCCCACCAAGCACCCUGGGACUGACAAGGAGCGGGACCAGGCAUCCCUCUCGGCCAGUGCCCAGACAUCCCCAGGCAUCUUGGCAGCCCUGGAAAAGGCUCCUUCACUGUGCUGAGAAGUGGCCCCAGGCCAUGGUGCUAUAGGCAGAGGGAAUGGGCAGGGUCCAGGGACCUGGCCUUGUGCUGGAUGCGGGCGCUGGGGCUGGUGCCGGGGCUCAGGGACCCUGGAGUGGGACCCUGGGCCGGACACUCGGCACCUCUGCCCCUCUUUGCGCUGCAGAGAAUCUCUUUUGUGUCAGUCAUUUCUCUUUGCAGAGACGUUUUUUAAGCAGAUCUUUAGUUCUUUACACACUAACGGAGUCGCCGCGUUUUGUCCUUUGUAAAGAUUUUAAAACCAAGUGUUCUUGAUAUAAAAUAAAAAGCCAGUUAGAA